UUCUCUGAAGGAAGUAACCAGAACGACUUCGCAGGGUUGCAGAAAGAGCCCCCAAACCUCGGAGGUGCAGAUGAGCCAUCAGCUAAUCCUGCGUAAAGUUGGGGUCACCGCGCACUCCUCAGGAGCUGCCCACCCCUCCUUAGGAGCUGCCCACCCCUCCUUAGGAGCUGCCUACCCCUCCUUAGUUGCUGCCCACCCCUCCUUAGGAGCUGCCCACUCCUGGAACAAAGAAGAGGAAGUUCGAGGACAGGUUCCGGGGAGGCUGUGGCAAUGGAGCUGAAGUGGGCAGGCCACGUGUGGCGGGGCUCCGGGAGGCUGCUCUGGGUCCUGGUGCUGGUGCCGGCCCUGGGGCGUAGGCUGCUCAUCGCAGGUUUUCUGGAAGUGCAGAUGGCAGGGAGGACUCAGAUGGUUUUCCUGAAUGAAAAUGCAACUAUCUUUUGCAAGAUCCCUGGUUCCCCACACCUGGACAUCAACAGGAUGGGUAUCACCUGGUUUCGGAAGACUCACGUAUCUGAAACAGAGAUCAAACUGUUUGAAUUUUUUGGAGACCACAAGGUGGCCUUCCGACCUGAAGCCAGCGUGUCUCCAUGGAGGCUGAAGAGGGGGGAUGCCUCACUGCAGCUGCCUGGGGUCCAGCUGGGAGAAGCGGGACAGUACCGGUGUGAGUUGGUGGUGAUUCCUCAGAAGGCACAGGGGACAGUCUGGCUGGAGGUUGUAGCUCUCCCAGUCAGCAGCUUGUCCCUGGAGCAAGCCAUGGUGAAGAAUAAUGGAGACAAACGUAUUUUGUGUAAGGCAAAUGGGUUCUACCCGGAGAAUAUUAACAUUACGUGGAAAAAGUGGACCCAGAAGGAUUCCCAGUUCCAGGAGGUUUCUGAGGACAUCAGUACUGACCCUACUAUCAAGAAUGUGGAUGGUACAUUUAAUAUCACUAGCCACUUGAGGCUGAAGCCCAAUCUGGAAGACAAUGUGACCAUCUACCAGUGUGUGGUCUGCCAUGUACCCUCACUCCUGUGCAAGAAUUUGAACUUCACUCACACUCCGAUCAAAUCUCAGAAGAAAACUUACUUGUGGACUGUUUGGUUGUAUGUUGGAUUGAUCUUUAUUGGACUGAUUAGUUUUAUAUAUUUUCUUUUAAAAAGGAAAAGCAGAAGAAUCCAUUAAUCAAGAAAAAAGCCUGUUUGUCUAAAGUUGGUCAGCUGAUUCAUAGAGCCUACUGGAGGAUGAAUGACACUGGAAUGAGAGCCUGCUGGAGGAUGCGAGACCCUGGAAGCUAGAGCUAGUUGUUCUAGCGGAGGCUAGUCUAGAUCAGAUGACAGCCACCAGGCAUGUAAGCAAAUCUAGCUAAGAUCAUCAGCACCAGACUUCCCUGGUGGCACAGUGGUUAAGAAUCCACCUGCUGGAAUUCCCUGGUGGCACAGUGGUUAAGAAUCCCCCUGCCAAUGCAGGGGACGUGGGUUCGAGCCCUGGGCCAGGAAGAUCCCACAUGCUGUGGAGCAACUAAACCUGUGCGCCACAACUACUGAAGCCCGCGCACUCUAGAGCCCAUGCUCCGCAACAAGAGAAGCCACUGCAAUGAGAAGACCGCCUGCCACAAUGAAGAGUAGCCCCCGCUUUCCACAACUAGAGAAAGCCUGCACACAGCAAUGAAGACCCAACGAAGACCUGAUGCAGCCAAAAGAAAAGAAAAAAAGGAAUCCACCCACCAGUGCAGGGCAUGUGGGUUCGAUCCUGGCCUGGGAAGAUCCCACAUGCUGUGGAGAAACUAAGCCCACGCGCUGCAACUACUGAAGUGAGCGCCUAGAGCCCAUGCUCUGCAACAAGGGAAGACACUGCACUGAGAAGCCUGCGCACUGCAACGAAGAGUAGCCCCCGCUUGCUACAACUAGAGAAAGCCCACUUGCAGCAAUGAAGACCCAAUGCAGCCCAAAAGAAAAAAAAAAAAAAGAUCAUUAGUACCAAGAGAACCAACUCUCAGAUGCAUGAGAAGUACUUAUUUUUUUCUUUUUUUUUUUUAGUGUGGGGUGGGGGGGUGCUGCAUCAUUGCAUGUGGGACCUUAGUUCCCUAUGUAGUGUCCCCUACAGGGAAGUGCCCUUGUUUUUCUUUCUUUUUCUUUUCUUUUUUUUUCUUUCUGUGGUUUUUUUUUUUUUUUUUUUUUUAGAAAUACUUAUUUUUUCAAAGCCACUGUGUUUUAGGGUGACUUGUUACACAGCAAAAGCUAACUGAUGCAUCUCCCCAGGAAGUUGUAUUUUGACCCAGAAGUUUAGUUGCCAUGGAGAUAUGCUGUUGAGACCCGCUUCAAGAGACAGCCUGCUAUAAAGGAUGUACUGAGCCACCAUGUUCCAGGUAUGGCACCUCAGGGAUCUGCUGUAGCUUUUGAGCUUAUGCCAUGCUCUCCCUGGCCAGCCAAUGGCUGAUCAAGGCAGGUAUCUUUGGAGCUCCCUGUUGGGGUGGCUGAGACUUUUCUUGGAGUUGCAUUGUCACCUGAUGCUCUUGCUACCCAGUCGUCCCUUCUUCCUUCCUUCACAGAUAUCAGACCUAUGUUAAAGUUUCAGUCAGAACUGCAGUUAUUUACUUCCCUCUGGUCUACCCUGGAAUAUCUUCCUUUCCCCAAUAAUAAUGGCAUUAUGGGAAAAACUGGAGUUGAUCACGUGAAGUAAAGAGUACAGAGAGGCAGGGCUAUGUAACAAAUUGUGUAGUGUAUCACUGCUUCACUCACUGGCAUCAGGGCCUGCAAGGACCUAAGUAUGGGGGAAAGACAGAAGUUCACACUCCUGUACCCAAGUUGGCUAGUCUAGGUGGCCUGCCUUUCAGUCACUCCAGAGUUGGGCCUGCCCAGAGUGGAAAUAGAGUAGGGUAUAGGUAGAUGAAGAUAUACGAUGCCCCAAGCAGGUGGACCUGGCACAGAGGAUGCCAGUAAUGUAGAUUCUAAUGCAACAAACCCACUCUCUGGAACCCAGUUCUGGCCUUAAUCCCAUUGUUUGGCCUUUCCCCAGCUCCUUUCAAGUUGGAACAGAUCUGUUCUUCAGACCUGCCCCAGCCUAGGGUCAGUGGCAUUCACAUCUUCUUCCCUCAAGUCUUCUGCAUGUCUUGGUAUAACAGGAUAUCUGACACUGGACCUGGGGAGACCUCAGAGAUGAGCCCAGAGACGUGGGGAGCCAGGGCUGUUCCCUGCAGCAAGCUCCCUAGGACAGUUCUCCAUAAGAUGUUGAUGAGGAACUCAAAGGGCAGGACAGAGUUGGGAGGAUGCUACCUGAGGAGAGUGGGUUCUGUAGAAGCUGUGUGAGUCUUCCCCAGCAGAAAGGCCAGAGGGCCACCUUAGUGGCCCACACGUGGGCUGUGCGGUGACUAGCUGGAAAUGCCAGAUCCAGAGGCAUUAGGCCUGAGCAGGUUUCCGGUAUGGCUAAUGGGCUAGUUUUUCUAGACUAGCAAUUCAGUUUCACUAAUGGAAGAGGGUGGCUUAGCAUCCCUACUCUCUUGAAUUCAGGACUGAGGCCCAGGACACAUCACAACACCUGGUGUGAGCUGGGGACAGACAGGAGUGGCAGAUAUACCCCAUUAGUCUGCAGUGCCACCUGACUGGCUGUGGGAAGGUGGCCUGGAAGGUAGGGACCCCAGUCUACUUGCAAGAAGGCAGAAGAUGGGAGGGUUCACGAUACACAUGGGUGGGAGAAAGUGUCGGUGAGGUCCUGUAAUAGGGAAGAAACUUUGGAUUCUAUUACAAAUUAGUCACUAAAGGGAUGUUGUCUAUAAGCUUAAAUUGUACAUAAUGGAAACCCUGGGAACCUUGCCUCCCAGGAAUGAGUAUUAAGCUAAAAUACCUUUGUUUAGCUCGAAGGAAGCACCCUGACCAAGCCCACCUGUGAAUGACUGUAGGCAGGAAGAAAUGAACACAUCCCCUCUGGAGGCUGACUGGAACGAGGACAUGUUUGACUUUACUCCCUCCCGUUUUAGUAUAAAAGAAGCCUGAAUUGUAACUCAGGCAAGACAGUUCUUAGGGGCACGAGUCCACCAUCCUCUCGGUCUGCUGACUUUAUGAAUAAAGUCGCUAUUC